CCGCUUGUUCUCUCUCUCUCUCUCUCUCUGUUUGUUUGAUUUUCUUCUGUGUUUCAACUUACAGACCAACUCAAGCAUGGCAGAUGUGCUGACUGAGGAACAGAUCGCCGAGUUUCAGGAAGCCUUUUGUCUGUUUGAUAAAGAUGGAGAUGGUUGCAUUACCAUAGAAGAAUUGGCAACUGUGAUCCGAUCAUUGGAUCAAAACCCAACCGAAGCAGAACUUCAGGAUAUGAUAAGUGAAGUCGAUGUUGAUGGGAACGGUACCAUAGAAUUUGGGGAGUUCUUAAGUCUCAUGGCAAGAAAAAUGAAGGAAACUGAUGCAGAGGAAGAACUUAAAGAAGCAUUCAAAGUAUUCGACAAAGAUCAGAACGGCUACAUAUCAGCUAACGAGCUGAGGCAUGUAAUGAUCAAUCUCGGGGAGAAACUGACCGAUGAGGAAGUAGAACAGAUGAUCAAAGAGGCUGAUUUGGAUGGUGACGGUCAGGUGAAUUACGAAGAAUUCGUGAGGAUGAUGAUGGCCGUCUAAGGAAAAUCCUUAGAAAAAUUUAGUUUCAGA